GUUCUGCGAUCGGCGAUGAGUACAGUCACCUGGCUUCAGGCUCACGGGCUAGUGAUAAGAGCAGUGCCGUCCUGGUCCCGUCUGCGCGGUCUAAGAGGAUAGCAGACAUGCUCGGGCAUCUAGAGGACAGCGACCCAGAUGGCGACUCGCCAUCGAAAACCAGCAUGUCCUCUCGCCCUUCCGCCGACGGACUCGCUCGCCUCCAGCCACGGCGGCCAAGCAUAGGACCCGGUGCGCUAUCCAGCGGCAGUGCGCCCCGCCAGGUCUCCCGCCGUGUGUCCACCGCUUCGCGGCCGACGCCCAACCUGAGCAGCGCUGCGGGGAACGCGACGUUCUUAACGGAGUGCAGCUUCGGGGUGGCGCACGACAGGCUGGUGCGAGUGAUCACAGACGUGCAGCCGUUCGAGCCGUACUGGGAGGAGCUCACCUCCAUCGACCUCUCGCACCGCAACCUGGACAGCACGGCGCGCCUCAAGGAGUUCCUCCCGCGGCUCGACAGUCUUUCCCUGAACUCGAACCAGCUCUCCUGGCUGAGCGGCGUGCCAGGCACGGUGCGGACACUUUCCGUCGCGUCGAAUGUACUGACCGGUGUAACCUCCUUCAGCCACCUGCUGAACCUUGAGAAUCUGGAUAUCAGUCGAAAUGAAAUUGACUCGCUCCGUCAACUGGAGUGUCUGCGACAUCUGAGGGAACUACGGGCUGAUGGCAACCGGAUCGACAGCGUCGACGGCCUUCAGAAGAUGGACGGGCUGAUCAAACUCAGCCUUCAAGGCAACAUCAUCCGCUCGCUGGACCUCCACGACUUCAAGUGGACUCGGUUAGAGAUGUUGAAUGUGAGCCAAAACAGGAUUAGCAGCAUCAGCGGGCUGGGUUCUGCGCCAUCGCUGGUCGCGCUCAAUCUCGACGACAAUCUACUGGGUGGAUUCGAGCCGGAGGUGUCGAUGCCGCGACUGCGGAUCCUGCGACUGAGCAGCAAUCGGCUGAACAGCCUGACGGCGGUGCCAUUCCCAAACCUGCGGACGUUGUACGCAGACAACGACGCGCUAGGAACGAUCGUGAAGGCGUACCGACUGGGCAAGCUGGAGAACCUGAGCGUGCGGAACCAGAGCGGGCGGGCUGGGCUGACGCUGUCGAUUCGGGAUGUGCGAGAUGUGAAGCGCCUGUAUCUGUCUGGCAACCCCCUCAAGGCGGGCUUCUUGUCGGAGCCGUGCUACAACCUGGUCUACCUUGAGCUGGCUGCGUGUCGGCUGAUGAAGCUGCCGCAGGACUUUGCGCGGAUGGUGCCGAACGUGCGGGUGCUGAAUCUGAAUUACAAUUUCCUGGAGGACGCGGGGCCAUUGGAGGGACUGGGGCGGCUGCGAAAGCUGACGAUCAUUGGGUCGCGGAUCAAGGGGGCGAAGCAGCUGAUACGGAUCGUGCGAGGGAUGCACGACCUCGAGAUGAUUGAUUUCAGAAUGAAUCCCUGCACCCUCGGCUGGUACCUCCCUCUGCUCGUCAAGGACAUCCCGGGUGCACUCCAGCCCUCCGACGACGACCGUGCCCCAGUGGAGUCGGCCCCUGUAGCCGGCGGGCGCGCCAACGAAACAAACGUCCUGUCUGCGUCUCGCGAAGACAAGAAGCGACCCCGCUCGGACUCGACUUCGGACAUUGGCCCGGCCACCGCGGUGCGCGGAUCCUCUCCUCCCGGCCCACACGCGGACAAUCACGACUCCGACUCUAGUGGCGGCGGUGGCAGCGGCGGCGGCGGCGGCGGCGACGGCGGCGGCGACGGCGGCGGCGAACUCCGGCCAUGGCGCGAGCGCAGCCAGAGCGAGCUCGCCUGGCGGGAGCUGGACGCCAAGUUCCGCAGGGACCUACCGGACGAGGCAUACGUCGGCCGCCUCGCCUACCGCGGCCUCGUCAUGCGCGCCUGCCCCAAGAUCGUCAUGCUCGACGGCAUCCACGUCGAGCGCAAGGAGCGCGACAAGGCCGAGCGUCUCCUUCGCAGCAUCUUUGGCGCAGGCAAAGCCAAGGAUGCCGGCUUGUCCGGCGUCGGUAUCGAGCUCGAGGGCGGUAGAAGCUAGCGUAUCUCCUGCAUACGCCCCUCCCAUUCAUCCUCACCGUGCCCACACUUUGCGGCGUGUCCGGCAAACGUAAACGUGCGCCCUAAGGGCUCGUGCUAUCUCAGGGCUGCACGGCCGUGAGCUCCCAAUUCCCGGCGUCCGUGCUGGCCACCUCCAAGGAGCGAGCAGGGGCCACCGUCAACAUCUGAUUUCCCGACCUGCAAUGCAACCAUCGCUGCGCCGCGCGCACGGUAUUCGUGCUCGCUCCGAAGUGCCCGCUGCAGGGAACGGCACGCUUCUGGCAACGCUGCGUGCGCCACGUCCAUCUCCCUAGAUAUCAUGCCGGAUAGCGACGCACCAAGAUGCGAGCGUGCCCGCGGGUCCGCCACGCUGUGUGCACUACAGCCGCCCGUCUGUCAUUUCUUGCAUGCUCAGUGCUGGUCACCACGGUGCUCUGGACACCAUGUUCGUUCCGCGAGCAUCUACCGCGCACGUCCGUAAACUACCUACCGCAUCGCGUUAGUUACCUGUUAUGCAUCUCGUCGCCGGUGUAUAUACCACACUACG